UGUCCACGCUAAACUGACAGAUGCGAGCCUGGUGACCGCUGCGAUGCUGAACUGUGAGUAAAUGUAGCAGCGUGUUAAAAAACACCGGGAACUUAAAUCGGAAGAAAGAUGGCUCGGGUGGUGAAAGUGUUCCGGUCCCUGAGGAACAACUGGAAGAAAUCCACGUUCGCUGCGUGCGUCCUGUCAUACGGGAGCUACUGGUUGUACGGGAAACACUGUGACAGCAUUCUGCGGAGAGAGGCGUGUCUAGUGGCUAGGGAAUAUGGGCGACAGCAGAUUACACCUGCUGAGCGGCUGAGGAAAGCGAUGGUCAUCAUGAACCCUGCAGCCUGUAAUGGCAAAGCCAGCAAACUGUUUGAAAAGAAUGCUGCUCCUAUUUUACACCUGGCUGGUGUGGAGGUCACAAUUGUAAAGACGGACUAUGAAGGCCAGGCGAAAAAGAUGAUCGAGCUGAUGGAAGACACAGACAUGCUGAUUGUAGCCGGAGGAGACGGCACUUUACAGGAAGUCGUCACAGGGUUACUGAGAAGGCCAGAUCAAGAAACUUUCAGCAACAUGCCGAUCGGAUUCAUUCCACUGGGAUCUCACAAUACCCUGAGUCCGAGUCUUCACCUCCUUAGUAACAACAAGGUCCAAGACAUUACAUCUGCAACUCUGUCGAUACUGAAGGGAGAAACUGUGCCUCUAGAUGUCUUAAAAAUUCAAGGGGAAACAGAUCAGCCGGUCUUUGCUCUGACGGGUUUGCGUUGGGGAGCUUUCAGAGAUGUGGCUGCAAAAAUCAGCAAGUAUUGGUACCUCGGGCCACUGAAGUCAAAUGCAGCACAUUGGUUUAGUACUUUAAAGGAGUGGCCCCUGGUCCGGGAAGCGUCAAUAUCCUACUUGGCCCCCAGCGUCCGGCCCCCAGACCUGCCCCUAUAUAAGCCCGCCCGGCCAAAUCUGCUCAACCGCAUCGCCAGGAGACUGAAAAACUACUGGAGCCCGCCUGUGGAAGAGCCUCCAAAAGUGGAAGAGCCGGAGAAGUGGGAGGAGAAGCAGCUUUCAACUUUAGAGCUGUUCAUCCAAACACACAACAAAAACCCUAUGGAGACGCGUGUGAAUGACUCCCUGAUGAUCUGUGCAGAGCCGGACGACUUCACUGUGGGCGAGUUUAUCACUGUCGGGAAAAAGAAAGAUGAAGACUCGACCGUUUUCACUAAAAACGCCACAAAACUGGAAGUCAGCGCUCUACAGCUGCAGCUGCCCGAGGGCACCACUGGCUUCUACAACAUCGACAACGAGGAGUAUGAGGCCAUGCCCGUGGAGAUAAGGCUGUUGCCACGGAGACUGCGCUUCUUCAUCAGCGCGGAGCGCAGGGAGCAGCUCAUGUUACAGACACAGUGAGAAAAUAUAAAAUCACGAGGACGAGAAUAAGCAGAACAAACACAAAAGAAAUCAUGAAACUUGUGUUCGUCAAUCGAUCAGGAAGUGCUGACGGUCCAUACAAUCUGUUUUACUACUUAUUAACAUAAAUGUUAUUAUUUUUAACUGUUAUGAAGAGGAUUUAUUUACAGAUUGUUAAAUGACCAAUACUUUGUUUGCUAAACUAGUAACACAUGUAUAGUUUGUCUUACAAGGACUUUGUUUGCUGGAUUAUUUACUAUAUCUCCCAUAUCUGAACUUGGCCAAUAAAAAUGUCUGUCCA